AGUAAGAGCGUUCGGCAAAUAUAAAAAAACCUUCGACAAACUUAAACUAAUAUUUUAAUUUAUAUAUUUAAAUAUUAGUGUUAUUGUAUUAUUUACUCUGAUAUUGUAGAGAAAAACCUGCGAAAACUGAUAAUACAAAAUGACGAGAUGGAAUGCCUAAAAGAACGACGCCAUCUUUUCCUAUAAGAAUUAUGACAAAAAAUGGAACAUUUUCAAACUGAUUUUGUUUUCUCCAUUUUUUCCAUUGUAUUUUUACGUGAAAAGCGUACAUUAUUUAGAACUUCGUGUUUAGUUCAAAGAUUACCGUUUUAAAUACGAUUUUUAUUAUCACAUUUUCGUAUAAAAAAUUGCUAUUUGACUUAUAAAAAAGAAGAGUUUCCAUUUCAUUUUAUUUUUAUACACCGAAAAAAAAGUAUUUAUUUAUAAGAUGACUGCUCCAAUGGAAAGAAUUCAAGUGCUAGAUUCAAUAGAAAAAGAUAUAAUAACUUGUCUUCAUAGUGCAGGGCAAGUUUUCGUCGAACUAGGCAAAGAAAAAUCAAGUUUGAAACAAGCGGAAAAUCACACUCAAAUGUUCUUAAAAACACUAAGUGCCGUGGAAAAUAAGUUAACAGACCAAAUAAACUAUUUAACUCAAGUUUCAACAGGACAACCUCAUGAAGGGUCUGGAUAUGCUUCUCAAAAAGUUUUACAAAUGGCGUGGCACAGACUUGAACACGCCAGAUCGAGAGUAAACGAAUUAGAAAGAUAUAAAAUUAAACAUUUACAAGGUAGAACAUCACAAAGAAGCAUAAUUGGUCCUACAAAUGUUACAUCUACAGUUGCAGGGCAAAACGUACCUUCAGGAGCUUCAACUUAGUAAUUGUGCAGUGUUAACAGUGAAUAUUGACGUUAAUAUUUUAUACACAGUGGUACCUGACUGUUAAUAUUAGUUAUCAGUGAAUGAAGAUUUUUUCACAUUAUAUUUUGCUCCAGAAGAAUUGAGAUGUGGUUGAAUAUUAAUUUUUCCAGGAAAUUUGUUACACAAAUUUCUUUUAGAGAGAUAUUGCAGCUUUCUUUGUUCAGGUGCUCAUAAUUUCCAUGAUUGUCGUUUGGAGAUUUUAAUUUUAUUAAAAAUAUUGAUGCAUAUUGGUCAAA